CCCAUUUUUUCAAUGCAUCUAUUUUCUUUUUACCCCCAAAAUUAUCUGAUUUUCACUUUGAUAAUUUUCUCUUCUCGAUCUAUCCACUCCAGGUCUGAGAGAGAAGAGAUAAAAAUAUAGAGAAAAGGAGGGUAAAAUGGCGCAUAGAGUAGAUCACGAGUACGAUUACCUUUUUAAGAUUGUGUUGAUCGGCGAUUCUGGAGUUGGAAAAUCAAAUAUUCUCUCUAGGUUCACCAGAAACGAGUUUUAUUUGGAAUCUAAAUCCACUAUUGGCGUCGAGUUCGCUACUAGGACCCUCCAGGUUGAGGGAAAGACGGUUAAGGCACAUAUUUGGGAUACAGCAGGACAGGAGAGAUAUCGAGCUAUUACUAGUGCUUACUACAGAGGAGCUGUUGGUGCACUUCUGGUCUAUGACAUAACGAAGAGGCAAACCUUUGAUAAUGUUCAAAGGUAGCUUCGCGAAUUGAGGGACCAUGCUGAUUCUAACAUUGUCAUCAUGAUGGCCGGAAAUAAAUCUGACUUGAAUCAUCUCUGAGCUGUUUCUGAGGAGGAUGGUCGUGCUCUGGAAGCAACCAACAUUGAGAAGGCAUUCCAUACUAUAUUGAAUGAAAUCUACCAUAUCAUUAGCAAAGAGGCAUUGGCAGCACAGGAAGCAGCAGCUAGUACCGCAAUUCCUGGCCAAGGACUACCAUCAAUGUCAACGAUACAUCAGGAAACAUUAAGAAAGGAUGCUGUUCUACUUAAAUGGGUGACAGGUUAUAUUUGAGAAUGUAAACAAAUAUUUGCUAUGAAGUAGACCCUUAUUUGGUUUUUGUCAAUUUUUGGCCGAGGGAGAGACGCACACACAUGUAGAAUACAUAUUCAUUUACUUAGUUGUGAUAAGAAAGCUUGUGAUAUUUUGAACAACCAUGCAUUUGUUAGUAACAAUUAAAUGAAAAAGCCUGGUUUUAC